GAUAAGGAAAUGAGCGACCAUGAAUGAGCCCCGGGGAAGCGUGGCCCGUUCCCUGUGUUGCGGGGACGUGCCAAAUUCGAUCCGAGCCACCUGUCAAAACGCCUAUGCCAAUUGCACUUUGGUCAAAGCCGUGCGUUGGCUACCCGUGGCUGCCAUCCUUUGCUCCAAAUCCUGGAGUUGCUACACAUUCUUCUUGGUUUACAACCAUCUACCAGAAGAGGACAGUUCCAACCACAAGAUUGCCACUCUCGUUCUUUAUCAUAUCUUGUUCGGUCUAAGCACUUGGUGCUUUCUAGCCUGUUUAGUGUCCAAUCCGGGGCACGUCCCCGACGAUUGGAGACUGACGGAUGAAGAGGUGGAACACUUAAGCCAGGCCAGUUCUGAAGAGGAGUGGAAAGGCAUGUUGUUGGAGUUUGCCCGGGGCAAAGGUCUCGAAUGCUUCCAAUUCUCGGUGCAGGGUGCCAUGCGAUAUUGCGAAACGUGCUUUUUGAUCAAGCCGGAUCGGUCUCAUCACUGUAGCGUUUGCAACCAAUGCAUUUUAAAGAUGGAUCAUCAUUGUCCAUGGGUGAACAAUUGUAUCGGGUUCUACAACUACAAAUAUUUUAUCUUGUUCCUCGUGUAUGCCUAUUGCUACUGUCUGUUUCUACUGGUUUUUCUAUCCACCUACUUGUUCCUCUACCGUGAUGAGAACAACGACGUCAAUUGGAAUAUCCACAUCUCGGGCAUCCUAGUGUUGUCAUUCAUAUCGUUUGUGUUCAUCUCGUGUCUCCUGUGGUACCACGUCUUCCUCCUCAUCGUGAAUCGCACCACUUUGGAACAGUUCCGGAAGCCGAUUCUGGAAACCGGAUCCAGUGGGAAAGCCUGGAACAUGGGCACGUUCCGAAACUUGCAAGAGGUAUUUGGUGAUAUCGGAUGUCUUUGGUUUCUGCCCGUGUUCACGUCCAUGGGAAAUGGCACCCAUUUCUCGUGCCCUCGAAUGGUUCGAGUCGCUUCCGGGGUUGGAUUGGGAAGAAAAUAUGAUAGCGUGAUAGUUAUCCAUGAACGAUCUCCCAGUGUCAAACUGGAUCAACACUUUGAGCUCUCGGAAAAGCACCCUCGUCCCGUCACUGUUGAAUACGUCGCCCAGCACCCGUCACCCAGAAUCGAAAUUACACAUAUGAACAGCUGUUAGAAGAAGCACGGUUAUGAAUAAUAAACUUCACAUUUUCCCGAUUAUAACAUUUUUAUUCUAAGUCAGCUUAACCGUCCAGGGAUGUGUAGCGCAUAUAUCAGAGCCGGCCGUGAACAUUUUUAUUGGGGCGCUUCUAUCUAUGUAAAUGUGGAAACCCAGUUCUGAUUUUGUGAGAGUCGCGUGAUCAAAGGGAACAAACUCGUCCUGAAGCCAGUAGGUCCCCAUUUGUGACAAAAUCAAAUACCUAAAGAGUCUGUUGAACCCUGAAUGACAGUUAACUUUGAAUUGAGUUCCAACUGCAAAAAUAGGCCCGUGCACAGAACUUGGUGCGCAGUGAACGGUGGUCGAAAGCUACGAAUCUGAAUUGGGUACAAAAAUAAUAGUAAUAAUAGUUACAUACAGACACCCCGAUUUUUUCGACAUCCGACGACAACCAAACGUCGUUGAAGGAAGGACUAGAUCAUUUUAAGAUGGUUUCGACAAAUUUUUGGAUGGUCUCGAGCUCAUCCGCCGAAGACGAGUGUCCCAGACCCUGGAAUGUUUUGAAUUCGUGCGAGCGAAAGAACUUUUUCAUCAAGGCCGAAGUCAUUUG